GUUGUUAGCCUUUUCAAAAGUAUACUUGUAAUACGGAUGCAAACCGCGUAUUCACUGUUGUUAACGACUCCUCUUACUAUUGGCGGAGUUACAUUAGCACAGAGGCGUAGCGUAUAGCCUAGGUAACGCUUUGCUUAGUCCCGAAACGUCAUAUCUUAUCGGGCAACGAGCGGCACCUGAUGUGCAUUGAGGACCCCUUCGAGCUCAGCAACGACCUGGGCCGCACCAUCGACAAGGCGGCGGUGCAGAUCCUCCGUCGCGAGUUCGAGCGCGCCGCUCGCAUCUUCGCCACCAGCUCCGAUCCGCUGCGGGAGCUGCUGGCGCCGCUGAGCCCCGAGGAGGUGGCGAUAGCGGCCGCAGCCAUGCAGAGCCGUCGCAAGGCCUCCAAAGACAAGGACAAGGACAAGCAGGCUGCCAAGGAGGGCAAACUGGCAGCUGCUGCUGGUGGUGGUGAUACCGGUGGUGACGGUGUUUGCGGGGUUGCUUCCGGGGAGCAGCAGUCCUCAGGCGACGCAUCCACCGUGGUGCUAGGCUCAUCAGCAGAGGUGGUGCUCAGCAGCCGGGGUAGCGGCAGCGAGGAGCAGAACACGGAGGAGGAGGAGGAGGAAGAGGAGGAGGAGGGUUCCUUGGGUGAGGGGGGACAGGUUAGCAGCGGGGAGACAUGGGCUGGAGAGCAGUCGGUGGGUAAGGAUGAGGCGGGCGGUCCUGGUGUCGGGAACGCUGAGGCACCGGCUGAGUGCGCGUCUGAUGAGGACCCCUCUCCGGCUGCGGUUGUAGUAGCGACGGCGGCUGCGCAGUCCGUGGAUGCUGCUUAACACGUAGGCGGCAGCAGAGGCCACAUGGGGAGGAGGCCGGCAGGCGGCCUCAACGGCUAGCAGUCAGUCGGGUGCAACCCGGGCUCUCGUGAACGGCUUAGGGUGCGUGUGGGGUAUUGAUCAAAUGUGGCGGUUAAUCUAUAUUCCUGCAUUAGCAUUGAUCGCUCUAGGGCUGGCUGCUGCUUAUAUACAUAUAAUGGUGGAUGGAGCUGGGUAUGUACAGAGGAAUGGAAGCUGUGCGGUCUAGUUGAGCGGCUUGGUGGGUGCUGAGGUGCGCAAUGUGGUGGGUGCAAGAUGCAAGGUUUGCGUACCUGUAGAGAGUGAUGCCGUUCUUAGGGCCACAUACAUGGGCUAUAGGCGGAGUGAUGCCGUCUUCUGGUUUCUGUCUCGUGUUUGAUCCUUACAUGGGCGUUUCUCACCCUGGUGCAAUCGGGUGAGCUGGCGGUGCGUUGUUGACCCCGUUUGACUGGCUCGAGGUUUAUGAGGAUUGGUGCUGGUUUGUAGCAGUUCAGCAGGCGGACUCAACAGGAGGUCAUGGCAUACAAUCCUUCAAGUCACUUGUUUGGCUGCUUAUUUACUCAAUACCGUAUAGGGGACAUAUACCCGCUGGUGUGCGUGCGAGCACAAGCAUCCGGACUUCUGCAGAGAGUGUCAGACAUGAGUCAUAACGGUUAUUGUCGUGGGAUGGUUGUGACCUCUUGAGUGUGUAUAUCGUCGCCUUGGUUGCGGCGGGAAUGGAAGGAAGGUGCGUGCGCUGUCUGGUGUUUUUCUGCUCGAAGGCCGUUUCAGGGGCGUCUUUAGUCUUCCUAUGGGACGCCCGGUAAGGGGGUUUUGACUUUGUGGGCUUUGUGCGUCGUCGCAGCCCCUGCCGCAUGCAUGACUGGACUACUGUCCGCACAUGGCCCACUUGGGAUGUGGUUUUCUUCUUGUACGGCCGCACAUGUUAACAUAGAAGGGCCCCGUACAGGCAACGUUCUUGCUUGGAUGGCUUUUGCGCCUUCGUCAACUUCCUUCCUGUUUGCGUGGUUGGGUUAGGCAGGCGUGACGUGGACUUCCCGGGGCAGUGGUUCUCCAGAGGAGUCGCAUGGGUGAGCGAUGUGGGCUAGGCAGGCAGGACGUUCGUUGGCGAAAUGACAGGAGGGAAGAGUGCUGCUACUGUGCUGCUAUUGGGAAGCUCCACGAGAGCAUGUGGACUGAGGAGAAGGUUUCUUCCUUCCGAAGGUGGCAAGGCUGGCAACCCAGUACAUGGCAGACUUGAGUGUUUUCCGUAAGGGUCUGCCAAGGUGCGGCAACAACAUCUUUUGCGGAUUCAUGGGCGCCGCUUAGCUCGUGUAUUUGUACACAUGCUUCAAUGUAUUUAUACGAAGAUACCAGGCGACAGGGAGUCUCAAACGGGG